AAGUAUAGGGGGAGAGGACAUACCAGAGAAUGAUAGCUAUGUUGAGAUGGAAAGCAGAACGAAGUGUGGGAGGUUUGUUUAAAAAAUGGACGCUGAAUCCGAAUUCUUCUGUUCGUCGUUUCAGAAACAAUAGCUCUAGGAGUGAGAAUCAUCGUCGUCAUCAUAUAAUUAGGUCACCUCCUCUUCUAUCUUUGGAUAUCCUCGAUGCGUGGCCCGCCAAUUCAACACAUUACGAUCCUUCUCCUUCUCCUUCGUCAGCACAUUGCAAUGAUAAAUGGACUGCCAGGUUGAUUGAUGGCAAGUCAAUGGCUGAGAAAAUUCAAGCAGAAAUAGCUAGUGAAGUAACAAAUAUGAAGGAAUCCAUAAGAAAGGUUCCUGGACUUGCUGUAAUAUUAGUAGGCGAGAGAAAAGAUUCUCUAGCUUACGUACGCAAUAAAAGGAUAGCCUGUGAAGAAGCUGGAAUUAGAUUUGUACUGAAAGAGCUACCUGUGAGUUGUACGGAAGAUGAAGUUACUGAUGCUUUAUUAUGUUUUAAUAAGGAUUCUUCAAUCCAUGGAAUUCUAGUGCAGCUUCCUCUACCAAUGCAUUUGAAUGAGGAGAAGAUUUUAAAUGAACUUAGUCUGGAGAAGGAUGUAGAUGGCUUUCAUCCGCUGAAUAUUGGGAAUCUAGCUAUGAUUGGGAGGGAGCCAUUGUUUAUUCCCUGCACUCCAAAGGGUUGCAUAGAAUUACUUAUCAGAUCCGGUGUGGAAAUUAGUGGCAAGAAGGCUGUGGUUAUUGGACGAAGCAACAUUGUUGGAUUACCAACAUCUUUGUUGUUACAGAGGCACCAUGCAACCGUUAGUACCAUCCAUGCUAUCACAGAUAAUCCAGAAGAAAUCACUCGUCAAGCUGAUAUUCUGGUCUCGGCAGUCGGAGUGCCCAAUUUAGUCCGGGGUAGUUGGCUAAAGCCUGGAGCUGUUGUCAUUGAUGUUGGAACUUUUCCCAUUAAGGAUCCCAACAACAUCAAUGGCUACCGCCUCAUGGGUGAUGUUUGCAUGGAAGAAGCCGUCUUGGUGGCAUCAGCAAUUACCCCUGUUCCUGGUGGAGUAGGGCCUAUGACUAUCGCCAUGUUGCUUUCCAACACACUUGAUGCUGCCAAAAGGUCCUACAAUUUCCAUUAAUUCUUAGAAUUUCAUAAUCCAAUCUUAAGUAGAAAUUGUUGCCGAUGUUUUGUAAAUGGUAAAAUAUGAAAAAAAUUAGGUAUUGAGGUCCAUUAGUGUUUCUUUAAAAAUGUUUUUAUUAGGGUGUGUUUGGUAACUUUAAAAUUGACAUAAAUUUG